GUGCAGCUCUCUCGCCUGACUAGUUUCAAGGCUAGUUUUUCAAGAUCGACCAAAACCAAGUGAUCACUUCCCAUCAACCCGAACCGGUAUUUGGAGACGGGAGCGCACCCGGAAACAUCACCGAGAGCACUCCGUGUCUCCGGCGUUUGUUCGCAUCGGGAACUGUGGAGCUGCGGGACGACAGGUGAAAGGAUGGAUACCCAGAGACAGGUUCUGGACAGGUUGCGGUCAUCAUUUAAAUCAGGCGUCACAAUACCAGAGCAGUUUCGUCGAACUCAGCUGACCAAGCUGACGUACAUGAUCAAAGAAAAUGAGGAACUGAUUUUAAAGGCACUGCACAAAGACUUGGCAAAGCCCAAAUUUGAGGCCGUCCUGUCCGAGCUCGAUAUGGUGAGCAAUGAGCUGCACUGCGCCAUCACUAACCUCUCAAGCUGGAUGCAGCCGGAGUACGUCAGCAAAAACCUGGCCACAAAGCUAGAUGACUGUUUUAUACGAAGGGAACCAUUAGGAGUUGUGUUGAUCAUUGGGCCAUGGAACUAUCCCCUGCAACUACUGAUGAUACCUUUGAUUGGAGCCAUCUCCGCAGGAAACUGUGUGGUCAUUAAGCCUUCAGAGGUCAGCGCCGCCACGGACAGUCUGGUAGCAGAGCUCAUCCCCAAGUAUCUGUCCCAGGACUGUUAUGUCGUUGUCCGUGGGGGAGCAGAGGAGACCGCGGCACUUCUGCAGAACCGCUUUGACCACAUCUUCUACACAGGUUCUCAGACUGUGGCACGCAGCAUUAUGCAGGCGGCCUCAGUCCACCUUACCCCAGUGACCUUAGAGCUGGGCGGCAAGUGUCCAUGCCUAAUAUACGGAUCGGUGAACAUGGAAGCCGCCGCUCGCCGGUUGGUGUGGGCCAAGUUUUUUAAUGCAGGCCAGAGCUGCGUUGCUCCGGACUAUGUGCUGUGCACAAAGGCCACCCUCGAUUCCCUGGUGCCUGCAGUGUGUGAGGUCCUGGAGGAGUUCUACAGCAAGGAGCCCCAGACCUCUCCUGACUUCUCCCGCAUCGUGUCACCCAAACACUGGACUCGACUGAUGGAACUACUCGGGAGGUCCAGUAGCAAAGUUGUUGUAGGAGGACAGGGCAAAGAAGAGGACAAGUAUAUAGCUCCCACGGUGGUGGUGGAUGUGGCUGACGACGACGCUCUAAUGCAGGAGGAGAUUUUUGGCCCCAUCCUGCCCUUGAUCACUAUGGAGUCUGUGGAGGAAGGCAUCGAAUUCGUCAACCGCAGAGAGAAGCCGCUGGCCCUCUAUGUUUUCUCUGAAGAAUCCUCCGUGGUUAACACUGUGAUGGAAAAUACCAGCAGCGGAGGAUUCUGCUCUAAUGACGGGAUCCUCCACAUGACCCUGCCAAGUCUGCCCUUUGGAGGUGUAGGGGCCAGCGGUUGGGGCAGUUACCACGGCCGCUGGGGCUUCGAGACGUUCAGCCACCGGCGGGCCUGCAUGCUGCGCGGCUGGGCCUUGGAGAGACUCAAUGGCCUGCGCUACCCACCUUACCAAGAGAAUAAACUGAGCUGGCUGCGCUGGACCGCCUCACCAAAGACCAGCUGCUCCCUCAUGUGAUGACAGGCGAGCGUGUAUAUGUGUGUGUGAAGAUAGUAAAACUUUUUAUACUGUGUGAAUGAUGGAAAAAUACAUGUGGAAAUAAGAUUUAAUUCCUCUUUUAAAGUGUUGGGUUGUGUAUAUUAACAUACUGGGUGGUAACCUACUGCAUGCACAUUGUUCUCUCAAGACAGACUUCAAUAACACUUUAAUAAUAUGUCUAAUUAAUAUAUAAUUAAUGAAUGUAUUUGCAUUUGACAAAAGAGGUCUGUUUUGUUUUUAUUGAUAAAACCAUUUAAACUGUUUCGGAUAUUAAAUAUCAAUGGUCCCACUUCUUUUUAUCCUCUUACAUCUUUACAUGGUGAAUAUGGUGUUACUUUGUAUUUAAUAACGUCAUUCUAUUGGCAUUGUAAAUCUUUUGUGUUUCUUUUGGUUUGUAUUUUUUGGUGUUUCCUUGUCUGUAUUUUAACCCUUUUUUCUAUGAAACUAUGAAUAAAUGACAUUUUUGCAAAGAUA